AUGGAUGUCGGCGCUGAUAAAUUGCGUCGUGAAAUUCAAAUAAUUCUUAAAGAUGCUGAUUUAAAUACAUUAUCAUCAAAAAAAGUUCGGCAAAUGCUUGAAGCUUUAUUUAAAUGUGAUUUUACCGAACGUAAAAAAGAAAUUGAUGAUAUUCUUAUGUCUGAAAUAACAAAACGAGAUACAACACAAUCAAAUAAUGAUGAACAAGAUGAUAAUGAUGAUGCACAAAUUGAUACAUCCGAUGAUGAAAAACCAGCACCAUCACAAACUAAAAAAAAGAAAAAACAACAACGUCGUACCAAUAUAAAUAAUAAUCAACAAACAACAAAAUCUGAUGAAGAACUUGCCAUGGAAAUUCAUCAACAAGAAAAUCGUCCUAGUCUUAGACAUUCAAGACCAAUUAAAACAAAUUCAGUCACAACUAAAAAAUCAACAACAACGAAAUCUGAACGACGAAAAACUUCAUAUAAUAAAGAAUUAGAUUUAAGUGAUCAAUUAGCCAGUGUUGUUGGUGGAAAUCAGAUGCCACGAUCUGAAGUUGUUAAACGAAUGUGGGCUUAUUUUAAACAACAUAAUUUAUUAGAUCCAAAUAAUAAACAAUUUGUUAAUUGUGAUGAAACACUUGCAAAAUUAUUCGGUAAAAAAUUUAAAUUUAAAAAAAUUAAAAAUAACUUAACUUUAUUUAAAUUAGGUCGCAAACGUAUUCGUGCAUUUGGUAUGCUUAAAGAUUUAACUAAACAUAUGAGUGAUCCAGAUAAACAAUAG